AUGACUGGCAUGACAGCGGAUAGCAAGUCACAGGUUCAGCGAGCUCGGUAUGAAGCUGCUAAUUGGCAGUACAAAUAUGGCACAGAGAUUCCAGUACACAUCCUGUGUCGCCGCAUUGCAGAUAUCUCACAGGUCUAUACGCAGAACGCCGAGAUGAGGCCACUGGGAUGCAGCAUGAUGCUGGUUGCGUAUGAUGAAGAAAACGGCCCCAGCGUGUUGAAGACGGACCCUUCGGGAUACUACUGCUCGUACGCUGCAGUGGCGGCCGGGGCCAAGGCCACGGACGCCAAUGCCUACCUUGAGAAGAAGCUGAAGAAGCGCUCCGACCUUUCGUCCGAUGAGGCAGUGCAACUCGCGAUCACCUGUCUCUCUCACGUUCUGGCUGUCGACUUCAAGAGCUCUGAAAUCGAGGUGGGCCUCGUCACCAAAGAACAUCCCAAGUUCAAGGUUCUAUCAGAGAGCGAAAUAGACAGGCAUCUCACUGCUAUCGCCGAAAUGGAUUAA